CUAUAAAAGAAAAAAGAUGACCUCAAUGUUAACCUUUACAUUAUUAUUACUUAUUCUUUGACUUUUCAUUCAUUUUACUACAUAGAGAUAUCGAAGUUAGAGUGAAUAAAAAAAACUUAAAAACACAAAACACAAAAAAUGUUGUUUAAACAAAGUUUAAUUGGUGUGAUAUUAGUCUGUAUGAAUAAACUUAAUUCAGUUAGUUUGUUAAAAGUAGAACAAUGUUCGAAAACGGAUACGUUAAAUGAAGAAACUUUACAAAUUUUAAGCAGAUCUAUUAUUCCUGAAUUGGAGGGUAAGCACAAAGGCGAAGCUGGCAAAAUAGCGGUUAUAGGUGGUUCAUCUGAAUAUACUGGAGCACCUUAUUUUUCAGCAAUUACAGCUUUGAAGGUUGGUGCUGAUUUAGUAUAUGUAAUAACUACAAAGGAAGCAGCACCUGUUAUAAAAUCCUAUAGUCCAGAUCUUAUUGUUAUUCCGUAUCCCUUGGAUUCCAAUCUUAUUGAGAUACUGAAGCGAAUGCAUGUAAUAAUCAUUGGACCAGGGCUUGGAAGGGAUCCUGAUGUAAUGGACAGAUUUUAUUCAAUCAUAGACAUGUGCAGAAACUUGAAGAAACCUUUAGUUAUAGAUGCUGAUGGCUUGUAUGCAGUAUACAAAAAUAUAACAGUAAUUAAAGAUUACCCAAGUCCUGGAAUUAUUAUGACACCGAAUUUUAUUGAAGCGCAAAGGAUAAAGAACGCUAUUCCUUCGGAACAUAUACCCUGGUAUAGUUAUUGGGGAGAUUUUGUAACAGUUUUGCUGAAGGGGGAAAUGGAUCAGUAUAAAUCAGGAAAUGCAUCGUUUGAUUGGACCAUAACGAAAGGUGGUUCUGGUCGACGUGCUGGGGGACAGGGAGAUAUAUUAUCUGGAGCACUGGGGACAUUUUUUAAUUGGGCUCUAAAAUCUAAUAUUUGUGACGACAAAAAUUCGACGAUGCUCAUUCAAAGCAUAUCAACAUACGCAGCUGCAAAGUUUACUAGAGAAUGCAAUUUUAAAGCAUAUGAAAAGCAUGGCCGUAGUAUGUUAGCUUCAGAUAUGUUACAAGAAAUUCAUUCUGUAUUUGAAUCCACAUUUUUAGAAUAAUUUUAAUAUAUGAAAUUGGGGAAAAAUUAGAUGCAAUUUAUAAUAUUGUCGCGUUCAUUUAUGUGAUAAGAAAUAAUUUACAAAAGAAUUAAAAAUAAAUAUUUACAAUGUAAAAAGAUUUCCAUUUCAUUACUUUUGCUUGCUUGAUGGCUAGUAUAUAGGAGAAAAGUAACUAAGUGCUUAGUGCUUGUCACUGAGCAACAAGUCGAUCAAUACUUGACCGCGAAGUUGUCGCUUGCUGGCCACUGACCAGCCGGCCUAGCAUGCGCGCCAGCCGUCACGACAUAGUUCUCCCGACCCGACACUCGUUUUAGAGUGUUUUGAAUUUUGAUCGUUUAUUUCUAUUUCUCUAUCGUCCACAACAUGGCGGCAGAUACUCCUCGACGUCUCAUGUCAAAAGUAGAG